AUUGCAAGGUGUGUUUCCAUCAUUAGGAGGAGCGUUGGUCGGCAGACUCAAAGCGUAGAAGAACACAAACGCACACACACACACAAAUUAAGUGUUAUACUACAUCACUGCCAUGGUGUUCAGAAUUCUGCUAAUACUUUGCCUGGGCUGCCUCUCAGGUGCUUCUGACAGUGGCAUAGUGGAAGGUACUGAGUCCAAGCCGCACUCCAGACCAUACAUGGUAUCGUUGCAGCAGCAGGAAGGAAAACAUCACUGUGGGGGAGCACUUGUCCGGAAGGACUUUGUGCUCACCUCAGCACAUUGCAACAAAUUGGGUCUGACUGCUGUGCUCGGAGCCCACAACAUUACAAAGGAGGAGAAAAGUCAACAAAGGAUCCAAGUGGCUAGGUACCACGUGCAUCCAAAUUAUAAGGAUGGACUCUUUGGCUUCGACGUCAUGCUUCUCAAGUUAAAGACGAACAGCAUACUGAAUAAGUAUGUUAAGCCCAUUGGACUACCCAAAAAAGAUAAAAGAAUCCUUGCCAACAUCAAGUGCUCUGUAGCUGGCUGGGGCAUGCGUUUGCCCAGUACAGCAGCCUCGGAUGUCCUGAGGGAGACCGCAGUGAAGACGCGAUUCGUCCAUGAGUGCCAGUAUAUUUGGCCUGGUUACUUCAACUCCAGCCAAAUAAUCUGCACCCAUUCUUCAGGCAAGAAGGGGGGAAUCUGUCAGGGUGAUUCCGGUGGCCCAUUGAUAUGCGGCAGAGAUGCUCAGGGCAUAGCUGCUUACACUUGGCCGGGUAAAUGUGACGACCCAAAGUAUCCACAUAUCUUCAUGAAGAUCCCAUCCUUUGUGCAGUGGAUUAAGGAGGUCAUGAAAAAAAGGGACUAGGUCACCCACCUUAACCUUUUGUGAAAUAUCCCAGCAUUACUUUUUGUUUCUGUAAUUAUUAUAGUGGGAAAAUUCAAUUGUUCAUUGACUUUCUUUUAAUUUUACCACUUUUACUGAAUUGUGUGGAUUUGAUGACCCCAAGGAUCCACGUUUGCAUGAGUAACAGCUACUUUAUACCCUGUAUUAAGGAUUUGAACAUGCAUAAAAGGCACUAGGUUACCCAUAGAAAGAGCAGUACAGUGUAACUGGACAGCCUAAAAUGGCCACUAGGCUACUGAUUGGACUACAUUGAUAACAAGCUACUGUGACUAGGAAGGACCUCACCUGGCUACUUCAUGGGGUCUCUGAGGCCUUUGUGAUCUCUGUCUGGAAACUCUUUCAGACGGUGCAUAUUAGGUUGAUUAUAUAUGAGGCCACAUAAAAACAAUACAAAUUGAGUCAUUCUACAAUUGUCAUAAAAACACAAUCAAAUAAGACAAUCUUUUUUUUGUCACUCAUUGACUUGCUUUUCAUUUAACCCGAUGCAACAAUUGGAAAUAAUGAUUGCCUCUGCACACAUGGUGAUAGUUGCAGUUUCAUAUUUACAAGCAAUGGAGUUUGGAAACCAGUGUUGUGGUGGACUACAACCUAAACUGUUCAACUUUCACUGCUAGACGAAAAACACCUGUACAGGAGGCUGUAGAUGCACCGUGUCAGUCAUAGUGUAAGCUUUUACGGUUGGAACGUUUCCUGUGAGUAAAACCCGUCAUCUGCCAAAAAAACUAAGAGAGAGUUUAAUCAUCUUAAUAUAAAGAAGAUAAGUCCAUAAUGUAUCAUUUGAUGUAAUAUGAUGUGGAGAAGGAUGUCAAGAGGAAAUCAACUUCUGUACACAAAUUUCUGCACAAAUAGUCAUAAGUCUUGACACAUUUAAUUGACCUCACUUGCACUGUAUGCAAAUUGAGUGCACAAUUUACACCACAUUGAACAUUAAGCUGUUUUACGUAACCGUAACACUUAAUUUCAAACACAGCAUAUAAUUCAUGUUCUAUAUUAGAAUAGAUUAAACUGUAUCGUCAUGGCACAAGCAGUAGACUAUAUAAUGCAGUUUAGCAUCCAACCAGAAGUGCAACAGUUCAUGAUUAAACUUGGGUAGGUAGGCACUUAUUAUGGAAUAUUAAUAUUCCAUAAUAAGUGCAAAACACAGCAUUGGUACAAAACAGAGUCAGGAUAUGCCGUAUAUUUCUGUGGCCAUGACUUUUGAUGUUGGGGUUAUGGUUGGGUAAUGGUGACUUUAUAACAUGCACUAAGUUAGAAGUAAAACAAAGAAAACGAUUGUAAAAUAAUUACCAAUUCAAUGCAGAAUCCAAAUCCAAUUGAAUUGUAGGUUGCCCACAUUAUUAUCACAGUCGCAGGUCAAGCAUUAUGCUGCACCACAGUAGUAUUAUAUAUUGUGGACGAAGCUGUGGUGGGAAACAUAUUACCUCAACGUCGAGGGCGUCAUCGUGUGUUCAAUGAUAUGAACUGCAGUUGUAGAAAUGCCUUUUAUUAAAUAUUUUUACGUUAA